UUUUUUUACUAGGAAAAGCCCAAACUUUCCUUCCGCCCUUAUCUAAGCAAGCAAAUAAUGCUCUCCAUUGUUAUGACCAUCCCGAAAACGAAGCAUUUUCAGACACAUUUGUUCCUUUUUCUUGCUUCUCUCACACGCCCAUGGCGGCAACUGCAGCGUUCAAUGUUUCAUCGUCUACUUCCAUCUUCCGCCCUUCAUCUUCACUUAAAUUAUCUUCAAAGCCAUUGCUGCUUCCAAUGCUUUUUUCUCCAAGAACCCCCCGUCGGCCCAGAAUUCUCAGGAUUUACGCUUUAUCUAGUAACGAUAUCAAAGUGGGUACAAACCUUGAAGUUGACGGAGCUCCUUGGCGAGUUUUAGAGUUUCUUCAUGUCAAACCUGGAAAGGGGGCUGCUUUUGUGAGGACCAAAUUGCGUAAUUAUAUAACAGGAAACAGUGUGGAGAAGACUUUUCGAGCUGGAAGUACGAUUGAUGAGGCAGAUGUUUUCAAGGAAACCAAGCAGUUUACAUACAAAGAUGGUUCCCAGUAUGUCUUCAUGGACCUGAACACAUUUGAAGAAACCCGUCUAAAUGAGGCAGAUGUUGGGGACAAGACAAAAUGGUUGAAAGAGGGAAUGGACUGCAAUUUGCUCUUUUGGAAUGGAAAGGUUAUUGAUUUUGAGCUCCCCAUUACAGUUCAGCUAGCUGUGGUUGAUGUUGAUCCUGGCCUCAAAGGUGACACAGCUUCAGGUGGAUCCAAACCUGCAACUCUUGACACAGGCGCUGUUGUUAAUGUUCCACUCUUUAUUAAUAUAGGUGAUCAAAUAUUGGUGGAUACAAGAACUGGGCAAUAUAUGAGCCGUGCAUAAGUUUUGCUAGGAGAAUUCUUAUAAUUAGCAUUUUUUUCUUUUAAUUUAUUUGUUUAUAUAAAUUAACAUUUAGCAAUGCCAGAGUGUUCUACUUUAACUUUUAUCAAGGAAUUUUCACCAGCCCUAGGUGGACUGAUGAGAGGUAGCAGCCUGCGGACAAUAGUUUCUUAUAUUAUAUGGUUGUAGAUUUUUUGUGCAUUUGUUGAUGGAUUUUACAUGUUAAUAACCUUUUUUUUUUCUUUUCCAUGUUAAAUGCAUAAGACAGUUAAUGUUCUGAAGGCCAUUACUUCUUUGCUGAAAUGAUUCUUUCAGCUCGAGACUGCAUUUGGACUAGGCAGAAAGGUAAUUCCAGUACCAUCAAGGGGUUGAUUCAAUUAGUUACUUCAUAUAUCUCAAAAAUAGAAGGUCAUCCGUCUUUGGUAUUAGUCAGAACAUAAGCUUCUUAAAAGCUAGUACAGAAACUGUACUUAUACGGCCUGACUGAUAAUCAGAAUGACAUGUAUGUUUCUCGUUAUUUUUUUUCAUAAUAAAAAGAAGAGAAAGAUAUCAA